AUGAAAAAUGAAUGGAAAAGAGAGAAUUUUGAUAUAUUGAUAAUUAGAUCAUUAUGGGAUUAUGUGGAUAAAAUUGAAAAAUUUUUAAAAUGGAUAGAAAUUAUACAAAAUAAUAAUAUUAAAGUUUUAAAUGAUUUAAAAGCAAUUAAAUGGAACAUUGAUAAAAAUUAUUUAAACGAACUAUCAUUAGAGAAUAAAAUAAAUGUUGUACCAAGUGUUUUUAUUAGAAAAAAUGAAACAUCUCCAAUUCGAGCUAUUACUAAAGCAAUCAGAGAUGCAAAGUAUUCAGGUUUAUUUAGAAUGGAUCAAAAUAAUUUUGUUUACAAGCCUACAAUUGGUGCAAAUGGUUUGGGUGCAAAUAGAUUCAAUCUUAAUGAUAUUUUAAUAAAUAGCGAACAACAGGAAAUUAACAACGAAAUACUUUGUUCAUUACUCUCAAGAUCGGAUAUUAUAGUUCAGCCCUUCAUUUCGAGCAUUAGAGAUGAAGGGGAAACUUCAUUUGUUUUCUUCAAUGGAAAAUUCUCUCAUUCUAUUAUUAAGAAACCAAUUAUCAGUGAUUUCAGAGUACAAGAGUGUUAUGGUGGAACAGUAGAAAAAAAUUUAAACCCAAGUCAAAGUGAAAUUGAAGUAGCCCAAAAUAUAAUUGACAAAAUAAUUGAAAAAAAUGGUAAAAUAUUGUAUGCAAGAAUUGACAUGUUAAGAAUAAACGGAAAUCUACAUUUAAGUGAAAGUGAAAUUUUUGAACCAACACUCUAUUUCAUGGGUGAUAGGACAAUAGCAAAUAGAUUUAUAAGUUCAGUUUUUGAAAUUUUAAAUAGCUAA